CAUUUGUCAAUAAUUUUAUUCUUUAUACUAAACAUUCAAAUUGAGGUGGUUAGUUUGGUGUUUUCAUAUUAUUAAGAAUAUUGUUAUUUUUAAGUAAACAAGUGUUGAUACGUGAUAUGUAGGAUAUUAUUGUUUAGUUACGACACGUUUAUUCGUGUAAUUAUGAUACUACAUCACUUUUUUUCAUAAUAAAAUUUGUUAUUGUAUUUUUUUUACCACAUCGGAUUUUAUAUUAAAACGACUAUAAUGAAUAAACUACUAGCGGAUUUUAAACGAAAACCGGUAGUUCCGACCGGUCAAGUUAACGGAGCCGUAGCACCAAAUAUACACGAUGAAUUUAGUACGAGCGAUGAAGACGAAGAAGACGACGCCGAUUGCGAAAAUUACGAACAAAAAUUCGUUACCGACGAAAUGCAGACAUACGCCGGUAUGACUGUUAACCCGCUACCAGAUACACUGUCCGAUGUUGAAGGAAUAGACGGUAUUGAUUACAAGAACAAUCCUUUAAACAUUUACACGCACUACAAUUUCAACAAAUCUUUCCUAAAAAAAGAAUUACCGAUCGAUUCUUUCCGUGAAAAGAUCCUUCAUAUUUCGGAAAUUAACAACGUUUUGGUGAUACAAGGUCCUACAGGGUGCGGUAAAACUACUCAAGUACCGCAAUAUAUAUUAGAUGAAUACAGGGAGAGAAACGAGUAUUGUAACAUAGCAGUUACUCAACCGAGGCGAAUAGCGACUAUUAACGUCACUAAGCGAGUUUGUGAAGAACGUGGUUGGUCGUUGGGGACAGUUUGCGGUUACCAGGUCGGUUUGGAGAAAAGAACAUCCCCGGAGUGUAUUUUAACAUACAUGACGACCGGAGUGUUAUUACAGAAGAUAAUACAAGCAAAAUCAUUGCAUCAAUACACUCAUAUCAUCAUAGACGAGAUCCACGAAAGGAAUCAAGAAUUGGAUUUCUUAUUGUUGAUUAUACGGAGGUUUUUGUUCACCAAUUCCCCUAGGACGAAGGUGAUUUUAAUGUCGGCUACCAUCGAAGCCGAGGAUUUUGCUUAUUAUUUCCGCUCUUAUAUUGAAGGAGAAGCGGUUCCGGCGCCGAUUAUUUACGUUACCAAGCAAAAUACCUACACGAAAACGACGUUCUAUUUGGAAUCGCUUCAAACGGCUUUCGAAUCCACCCGUACAACGAUUCCCCAUUUCGAAAUCGAUAAACCGGAAAUCUCGGAAAGUUUAUGGAAAGUUUUCACUUUUCUUGUAGCUAUUAUCGAUAAACUGGACGCCGUGGAUCCAGUAACCAAUGAACCGAUAAUCGGGAGCGUUUUGGUAUUUUUGCCGGGUAUUCACGAAAUAGAGGAAGCUGAUAAAUUGUUGAGGCAGUAUUACGACGAUAUGGUGAAAGAUGGGAAAGUUGCCAUGCCUAUUAGAUGGGAUUUGAUACCGUUACAUUCUUCUUUGCCCAACGAUGAAUUGACUAAGGCGUUUUUGCCAGCCAAACCCGGGUUCAGGAAGGUUAUUCUGUCCACAAAUAUAGCGGAAAGUUCCAUUACAGUCCCGGAUUCUUAUUACGUAAUCGAUUUCUGUAUGACGAAAGUAAUGACCGUCGAUCCGAUAACGAAAUAUUCGAGUCUCAAACUCGAAUGGGCGUCGCACGUAAGUUGCGACCAAAGGGCCGGUAGAGUCGGUAGAAUAGGCAACGGUAGAGUUUACCGUUUAGUACCCAACAGUUUUUACAACAUCAAAAUGCCAUCGAAAAGUAUCCCGGAGAUAUUGCGAGCCCCUCUCGAAAGGGUUGUACUUCAAGCUAAAAUGCUCAACCUAAACGACACCCCCCAACAAAUUUUAGCGUUGUCCCUGAAUCCCCCCAAUCUGAAGAACAUCAAAAUGACGAUUCUCAGUUUGAAGGAGAGCGGGGGUUUAUUACCGACUUGUAAUGGGAAAUAUACUGGUUCCGAUGGGGAUGUUACGUUUUUGGGUACGGUUAUGGCGUCCCUACCCAUCGAUAUACAUUUAUCCAAACUCAUAGUACUCGGUUAUCUGUUUAGUUGUCUAGACGAGACCAUAAUAAUGGCCGCCGGUUGUUCGAUACAAAACAUCUUUUCCAUACCGUUCCAACAGCGAUUCAACGCCUACAGGAAACUACUGCUCUGGGCCGACGGUUCCUUCAGCGAUCUCAUCGCCCUGCUCAAUCUAUACCAGGUUUGGCAGGCCUACAAACGAGACAACCACUUCGAUAGUAUACAAAAAGAGAACCGUUGGUGCGCCAUGAACCUCGUCAGCCUCAAAGGCCUCAGGGAAUGGCACAUGUUGGUCAACGAAAUCAAACAGAGACUCGAUUUUCUCAAUAUACGACAAAUCGACAGGCAGAUCCAAUUGAGACACGACGAAAAACCACUGAUACUGAAAAUCAUCACCGCCGGCGCUUUCUAUCCGAAUUUCUACGUGAAGGAACCGAAUACCGCCGGCGAGGGAGGAUCGUCGGAGGAAAAGGAUGCGGUGAAAACGGUCGGCGGUCGUAAUCCGUUUCGGACGGUUUAUCUGUCCGGCAUGGAUCCCGGUCAACCGGGUCCCCUCUAUAUAAGAGAUAUAAAGAAAUUGUUUCGAAACGAAAAGGAAACCGAAUCGAAUAUGUCGGUUGGAUUCGACGGUAGUUCGAAAAUUUACGUCGAAUUCAAAUGUUACAAUAACAAGAACGUCGCAGAACAAAUUUCUGUUUCGAUAAACGGUCGACAGAUGUUGACGGAUACGAUACCGGGUCGUAUACCGAAGGAGGUUUACGAGGCGGUCAGGAAGAGGCAGUUGCAGUAUCAUUUCAAAUUGAAUUUGUUGAACGUAAACGACGCCUGGUCGUGGGCGGAAAGUAACGGUUUCAAAAGAAAAACCACUUUGCAAAGAUUAGAAGAUGUCCCCAACGCCGCCGUUGCCACGUCUGACGAUCGUAAUUGUUUUACAGUGGACGCCUAUUCGCCGAUUCCGGCGCUCGACGUCCAAUGGAUCGUCAUCAAAAUAACCGAACACGUCGACGCCGGCCAUUUUUGGGUGAAUCACAUCGAAAGCGAAAUAUACCAGGCGAAAUUGGAGGAGAUAUUGAACAAAACUGUUUUGCAUUCCGUCGUCGCUACGGGUGGUACUUUGAAAAUCGGCAAAAUAUACGCGGCGCGUUAUUUCGAAGAUAAUUUGUUUUACAGAUGUCGAGUUUUAUCGAUCGUAUCGAAUUUCGUACACGUGAUUUUCAUCGAUUACGGUGACAUCCAACAGGUUAAGGUGAAAGACGUUUAUUUAUUACCGAAUAGGGCGGAAUGCGAUACGGCGCCGUUGGGCGUCGAGUGCGUCUUGAGAGGUAUACAACCGGCGAAGAAGACUAAUCCGAAGGGGGUGUGGUCGGAGGAGAGUAACCGCUAUUGGAAGGAACAGACUUGUAAUAUUUUACUUUACGGACAGGUCUAUUCGGUGGUGAACGACGUCGUCCAUUUGGAUUUAUAUAGGCACGAUCCCAAAGUUAUCAACGUUAAAUCCAUUAAUCAGUUGAUGAUCGAUCGCGGUUACGCCGAACCGGCAUCGGAAAGUUUCCUCUCCAAGGCCGAUCACGAGAAACGUCUCCAAGUAUGUCAAUCGGAGAAUCCGAGCAAGGAGGCGGUCCGAUUGGCCUUCGACAAAAUCGAAAAUUACGAGGAUUUCGAAACUCCCGACGGUCACUGCAGGAAUUUCAAGACGAUAACCCUCAAAGGACCUUACAGUCCUUUGGAAAUGAAGAUGUACGGUUGCAUCGGGAGUUCGGAGAACAAGACCAUCGAUAUCGACGGUACUUCGGUGAAUACCGUUCUCUUGGACAGCGAACCGCAGGAAUAUCAUACGAGGUUGUUGGUGGCGGGUUACGUGUCGCAGACGGUGAACGGGGAAAAAUUGAGAUUGAGACAGACGACUUUGAUGCCGAAUAUACCGGGUCUGCCGAUGUUGAUGGCUCUGUUGUUUUGUCCGACGAUGGAGGCGAAAUUGACGGAAGACGGUAGGAGGGUGGCGGCCGUUUUGUGCGGUUUGGGUUGCGAUCGUUUUACGAAUAAAUCCCUUUAUUCGGCGCACGAUUUGACGUUGAAUCUCGAUACGGAAUUGAACGAAGACGAAAUUAAUAUGAUUAACAAAGUGAGAUUUUCGAUGAACCAAGGCAUCAGAUUAAUGUCUGAGAUCUCCAAUAGAAUCUCCUCCCAAGGAGAGAUGCUCAGAAUACAGAAAAUCCUCAAAACCGAUCUGAUCAAUUUGAUAUACGCCGAUCGGAAACCCAUCGAACGUACCAUGGUGAAAUACGGGAACGUAUGGGGUAAAAAUAAUUUCAAAAGUACGGUACUGAAGCCGAACAUCACCAACGAAAACGACGACGUUUGGCCCCUAUUGUGGUUCGUUAAAUUGAAUAAUACGGGGGAAUACAAUGCGGAUGUUAGUAAGAAUUUGGAUAAUUUGGAAUCUAUGGCUAGGAGAAUGACCCCCGUAUCGGAAACGGAAUGUUUUCUGUGCAAAACGACUUUAAAUUUUCUGCACGAAAUUCGUCUUCAUUUGAUCACCAAAGAACACAAAGAAAACGUCGCCGAAUACUACGAACAGUCAUACGGGGUGGUACAAAAUGAAAAUUAAAAAAAAAAUUAAUUAUAUAUAAUAUAUUUCGUUUUGAAAAAUAUUUUCGAAUUUUCGAUUUUUUUAAUUUUGGUAUUUCGUUUACCAUGAAAAUAAUUUUUGUUUUUAAUUAUUGGUUAAUAAAAUUUAAAUAUUCGCUAGA